UUGCUCCCCUCUUUGGCUCAGGUGCCUGUGACAGGGGCCAGGAAGGUAAAUCAGCGUGUGUGCCCUGGAGCCUUGGACAGGACUAAAUGGCCAGGUGGCGCCCGUGUUUAUCAACCAAUUGCACUGAUAGGAGUUGCUGGAAAUCUUUCAACUUCUAGGGACGGCUGCUUCCUCCAGGGAUGGGGUGUGGGUGUGGGAAGGCUGGGGGUGGCACUAGGGUGGCACUGAGUGGCACUGGACUCUGCUUGGACUGCUGCUCACCGUCCCCAGGGCACUCAGCUUGCUCACUGGGAGAAUGGGUGUUCUUAACGCCUGCUAGUUUAUUUUCAGUAUUAUAUUCAUGGGUUUCAAAGAUCACCCCCGCCUCUCACUGAAGGUGACAUAAAAGAGCCUGGCAUUUCCUUUCAGGGACAGUCCUUCUGCAGCUGAUGGGGGACAUCCUGCUACUCAGGCACAGGUCCUUCUGCCUGCUGCUCUGGGGCUCUGGAGGUCACCACGUGGGCCAAAUGCCACCGAUCUUUUCCUGCUGGAGAGCCCGAGCCCAGGCACCCUGUGGAGCUUAGGGCCUUCCCCCAUCUGCAGGUGCCAGCGUUCGCUGGCACUUGGUACCUGGCCAGUCUGUCAGAUGACAGAAGCCCCCAGCCACCUCUUCCCGGGCUGCUGUCCACCUCCAUCCGCCUGUUCUGUCCUUGAACCUCAGGUUGGAAGGAGAGAAAAUGGCCCACUGAGGAGCCCAGAAGCUGGGUCCAAGCAGGGGCAUCACUGGUUCCUCAGCCAGGACUCCGUGGCCUCUUCUUCCUCUUGGAGGCAGGAGACGGUGCCCCUACCCUGGCAUGGCACAGCUCAUGAGCCCUCUCCCCGCAGUUCUGGAGAGAAGCACAGUACCCCCCCACCCAUUGGAGGCCUCAGCUAUGUCCAGGGAGGCACCCGAUUCCCUCUGACCCACAACACCGUAGGCCAGUGCCUGGAUGCCACGGCGCAAAGGUUUCCCGACCGAGAGGCCUUGGUUGUCCUUCACGAAGAUGUCAGGAUGACCUUUGCCCAGCUCAAGGACCAGGUGGACAAAGCUGCUUCCGGUCUGCUGAGCAUUGGUCUCAGCAAAGGUGAUCGGCUGGGCAUGUGGGGACCCAACUCCUACGCCUGGGUGCUCAUGCAGUUGGCCACCGCUCAGGCGGGCAUCGUUCUGGUGUCUGUGAACCCCGCCUACCAGGCUAUGGAACUGGAAUAUGUCCUUAAAAAGGUGGGCUGCAAAGCCCUUGUGUUCCCCAAGCAAUUCAAGAGCCAGCAAUACUACAACAUCCUGAAGCAGAUCUGCCCGGAGCUGGACAAGGCGCAGCCAGGGGCCCUGAAGAGUAAGAGGCUCCCAGAUCUGACCACAGUCAUCUCGCUGGACACCCCUCUCCCGGGGACCCUGCUGCUCGACGAGGUGGUGGCGGAAGGCGGCAGAGAGCAACAUCUGGCCCAGCUGCGGCACGCCCAGCAGUUCCUGUCCUGCUAUGACCCCAUCAACAUCCAGUUCACCUCGGGGACAACAGGCAGCCCCAAGGGCGCCACUCUCUCCCACCACAACAUCGUGAACAACUCCGACCUGAUGGGCCAGCGCCUGCGCAUGCCCGUGAAGCCGCCGCAGGAGUUGCGGGUGGUCCUGCCCUGCCCCCUGUACCACUGCCUGGGCUCCGUGGGGGGCACAAUGGUGUGUGUGCUGAACGGUGCCACCCUCCUCCUGUCCUCGCCAAGCUUCAAUGGCAAGAAGGCUCUGGAAGCCAUCAGCAGAGAGAAAGGCUCCAUGCUGUAUGGCACCCCCACGAUGUUCGUGGACAUUCUGAAUCAGCCGGACUUCUCCAGUUACAACCUCUCAUCUAUACGUGGAGGUGUGAUCGCCGGCUCCCCUGCACCCCCAGAGCUGAUCCGAGCCAUCAUCAACAAGAUGAAUAUGCAAGAGCUGGUGGUUGUUUAUGGAACCACAGAGAACAGUCCCGUGACCUUCAUGAAUUUCCCCGAGGACACCCUGGAGCAGAAGGCAGAAAGUGUGGGCAGGGUUAUGCCGCACACAGAGGCCCAGAUCGUGAACGUGGAGACUGGGGAGCUGGCAGCACUGAACACGCCUGGGGAGCUGUGCAUCCGGGGCUACUGCGUCAUGCAAGGCUACUGGGCCGAGCCACAGAAGACUUUUGAAGCCGUCGGGCAGGACAAGUGGUACCGGACAGGAGACAUCGCCACCAUGGACGAGGACGGCUUCUGUAAGAUUGUGGGGCGCUCGAAGGACAUGAUCAUCCGGGGAGGUGAGAACAUCUACCCCGCGGAGCUGGAGGACUUCUUCCACACGCACCCGCAGGUGCAGGAGGUGCAGGUGGUGGGAGUGAAGGACCCGAGGAUGGGGGAGGAAAUCUGUGCCUGCAUCCGGCUGAAGAGUGGGGAGACCACCACAGAGGAGGAGAUCAAAGCAUUCUGCAAAGGGAAGAUUUCCCACUUCAAGAUUCCCCGCUAUGUCGUGUUCGUGGCCAACUACCCCCUCACCAUCUCAGGAAAGAUCCAGAAAUUCAAACUCCGAGAGCAGAUGGAACAGCACCUGAAACUGUGAAUCUGAGGAGGGUCCUCCCUGGCCCUCUCCUCCCGCCCAUGUCCCUGUGGUCUUGGCGACUGGGCACAAAUCUCUGUGUGCCCAGGCUCCACUGGAGUGCUCCGUUGGCAGCUGGAGGGGUGGAGAGGGAAGAGACCCGCACAGCUGUGCCCUUACAUACUUCGCUAUGCAUCAGCUACUUAAUGUAACCCUCGCCCCAUCCCUUUACAUUUCAACCUCAUUCUUUUCUUUCGUUUUUUCCCCUCACUUAUUCUUUCCCCUACUGUUGCCAGAUUAGUCCAACAAGAAACAUUCUUUUUGAAAAUAACAGCUUCAUUGAGGUAUAAUUCACAUACUAUCUAAUUCACCCAUUUUGAAAACUUUUUUUAAAGACAGGGUGUCAUGAAAUUGUCUAGGCUGGCCUUGAACUUGAGAUCUUUCUGCGUCAGCCUCCUGAGUAGCUAAGGUUACAGGCAUACAUCAGUGGACCUGGCUCAGCUCACAUUUAAAGUGUCCAAUUUUCCAGUGUUUUUUUUUUUUUUUUUUCUUUUGGUACCAGGAGCUGAACUCAGGACUCAGGACCUUGCACUUGCCAGGCAGGCACUGUGCUGCUGAGCUAAAUCCCCAGCCCCCGACAUUCUCUCCCUUGGAUCCAGAGUUUUUCUCUCUUCUUGCCUGAGUGACCUGGACACCAAGGCCAGCCAAAUGUGCUGCGUUCCCUGUUCCCAAGUGCCUGGAGUGUGCAGCUAUGAGAAUCGGCCCUAACAAAACCCAGACAUAGAUCAGCAGAAGUUUUUUUUUAAUCACUUAUGUUUUUAGAGUCACAGGAUUGGCAUACUCACUUGCCUGCACAAAAGCAAGAUUAAUACGCAGUCUUAUACUGGCCACCUGUCUGAGAACCACAUCCCUUCUCUGGAGAAACUGCACGAACGGCUUCCGCUUCGGGGACAUGGGGAAGGGUGCCUAAGAGCUGGCUUUUGAUUAAUAAAGACCUUUCAUCUCUGUCUCUGA